CAACCCCUCAUCUUCUCUGCCCACUCUUUUUCAUUCCUUCCUCCUCCUGCAUCCUCUACACCCCUGUACAUUUUCAUGCUCUUGUAAAUCCGUCAGUCUUUUUUCGCCAUUUUUAUUCCUAGUUUACCUUGCAUACAAUUUUACAAUUUUAUCAUAUCACACGUUUUUCUCAGCCUUACCACAGAAUCACAAGUACAAAAUGCGUCCAAUCCCUCUUGUCAGCCUGGCUAUGGUCAUGACGGUCGCCUCCAUCCUCUUCCCGUCAGCCGACGCAGCGAUGAGCAAGAAGCAGCAAAAACAAUACCCUCCCAAGGAUCGAUUACCCGAUGUCAACUCUCCUAUGGUCAAAAAGUGGGUCUCUGAGAUCGAUUGGUCAAAGGUGCCCAAGAUUCCCAUUGCCAAAGCCGAGAUUCCCAACUGCCCAGAAUGCCCCAAGAAGAAAGAUAUUCACAAGGACGCCUGUUGGUGGACCUGUGGUGGAUGCGUGGCCAAGGACGAUAUCGAGGUCUGCCCUCGCGAGAAGGCCUGGGGUCUUACUUACGAUGACGGCCCAAGCGUGGACACUCCUAGGCUUCUGAAGAAGCUGAAGGAUGCCAACGUCACUAGCACCUUCUUUGUCGUCGGAAGCCGAAUUCUGGAGUAUCCAGAGACACUUCUCCAGGAGAUCAAGGAAGGCCACCAUAUCGGUAUUCACACCUGGUCCCAUGCUGGUAUGACCUCGUUAACAAACGAGCAAAUCGUCGCGGAGAUCAAGUGGGCCGAAAAGAUCGUCUACGACGUAACAGGGCUCAAGACAAAAUACUGGCGUCCGCCUUAUGGCGAUGUGGAUAACCGCGUUCGUGAGAUCGUGCGACAGAUGGGCUAUACCACCGUCAUCUGGACCAAGGAAUGGGACUCAAACGACUGGCAGAUCCCAGACAAGACCAUCACCAACAAGCAAAUCUUCAGAAACUUUAAUUGGGCAUUGUCGACCCUGCCCAAACUGAAGGGUGGUGUCAUCACUCUCGAACAUGAUCUAUACAGCCAGACCGUCAACCUUGCGGGACCACUACUGGAUAUGGGAAUGAAGAAGGGGUUGGAGCCCAUGGACAUUGCCCGGUGCGUCAAUGACCCCCAUCCAUACCAGAACUCUCUGAUCCAGAAGAAGCCUGUUGCUCAGUCCCCCAAGCCUGAUAUUCAGUCCCCCAAACCUGAUACUCAGUCCCCCAAACCCACCGAACAGCCAAAGCCCGCAGAAGAAAUCCCCGAGCCUAUGGAAACAAAGCCAGAGGAGCAGGAGCAGGAGCAAAUCGAACCCAAGGCAGCGGGAUCCGCCUUCGGGAGCGACAUCCUUCCUUCAGCCGGAACCACAAAGAAAUCGAGCGCCAACAGCCUUGCCUGGGCUGCUUCCAGCCUGGCAUUCGUUGCGGCGACUGUGCUCUUUACUUUGUAAAUGAUAUCCAUGUUUUUGUCUUCGCGAACGAUCGUAACCGUUAGAGGUACUGUCGUUUUCAGGUUUUUGUUCUUGUAAAUAUACUAUCAUUGUCCUGUGCUUCAAGUAAAAUAAAAACGGAGUUCAUCCUGCCGAAAAUG